AUGGAAAUGGAAUUUAUCCUCGUGGCCGACGAUGCGAAAGGGGAGGUAAUGGAAAUUCCAUGCGAGGAUGAUGGCACCGUUCUGCUGUCCACCAUAACUGCCCAGUUUCCUGGUGCUUACGGCCUCCGAUACAGAAAUCCGAUGAAGCGUUUUUCGCGCGGCGUCCGCCUGAUCGAAGGCAUUCUCUACCCUCCAGGAAAUGGCUGGGGAAAUCGGGUUUAUAUUGUGAACUACCCAAAAGAAACUAAUGCAUCUUCUGCUGUAAAAAUCAAGCGAGCCGCGACAAAAACCUCUGAUCUCAUUGUGCUUAACUUACCAUGGGAAACAACAGGGCAGGAUCUAAAGGACUACUUCAGCGCCUACGGGGAACUCAUUAUGGUCCAGGUUAAAAAAGAUGCCCAAACCGGCCAAUCAAGAGGUUUUGGCUUCAUAAGAUUUACUGAUUAUGAAACCCAAGAGAAGGUGAUGUCCCUGCGUCACGAGAUAGAUGGAAGAUUGUGCCGUGUUUGUCUGGCUAAUGUCACGCUAAGCCCGGAUGAACCUAUCCGCAGCUGUACGGUAUAUGUUGGCCGGUGCACUGAGGAUAUGACAGCGGAGGAACUUCGCCAUUUCUUCACGCAGUACGGGGAGGUUGUGGAUGUGUAUAUCCCGAAGCCAUUUAAAGCGUAUGCCUUUGUGACCUUUGUCGAUGAGCAGGUUGCCCAGUCUAUCUGUGGAGAAGAUCUGCUUAUCAAAGGAUUCAGUGUUCACAUAUCUGCAGCUAAAUACAAUAGAAAGAGCCCUUUGGAGAGCGGUGGCAGAGUCCCAGGACCCAUCUUUGGGAAUUGGGGAUAUCCAAAUAACAGGCCAAACAAUAGUGGCCUUGCGCACAACCAGCCUAAUAACAUGAGGAGUGGUGGUGUCAUGAACUUUAGGGCAUUCAGCGUUGACCCUACAAUGAUGGCUGCUGCUCCGCGGCGUGUGCAUGCGACCUUACAGAGCAGCUUGGGGAUGAUGGAUAUGCUUGAGAGUCAGCAGAAUGAGCCUGGUCCACAAGGUAUCAAUCCGUGGGAAGGGAAUCAGCCAAGAGACCAGCCACAGAGUUUUGGCUCAGGUAGUAACUCUUAUGGCUUGAACUCUGCUAUAGGCUGGGGUUCUCCUAAUGCUGGCUCUGGUACUGGGUUCAAUAGAGGCUUUAGCUCGAACAUGGAAUCAAAGUCCUCUGUUUGGGACAUGUAGAUAGUAUGGCUUAGUGUGGGGGGUAGGUAAGUUUAAGAUGUAUCUCUCGAUCCAGUGGCCAUA